AUGGUGCAGAGCCCCAGGACCUCCACUAGCCACACUUUGUCUGGAGCCUACUCACGCUGUCGCCGCUGCUUUUGCGCGGCUUGGACUCUGCUGCUCCUGCAGCUGAGCGCCCGCUCUGAGAGCCCCGGCCCAGUAACCACCGCCCGCUGGGGCGGCUGCUUUCUGCACGGCCGGGGUCGGGAAGGCCAGGACUCAGUGGUGUUUGAGGAUGUGGCCGUGGUCUUCACCCAGGAAGAGUGGGCUUUGCUGGAUCUUGCUCAGAGGAAACUCUACAGAGAUGUGAUGAUGGAAAUCUUCAGCAACUUGGCCUCAGUUGGCUUUGAUCAGCUCUCAGUCCUCAUUGAACAUAAAAAAAUUCAAAGUGAAAAGCAACCUUAUGAUCAUAAGGAAUAUGGAAAUACCUCAUCCCUCCAUAAACAUAAAGGUAUGUACAGUGGAGUGAGGCUUUAUGAAUGUAAGGAAUGUGGGAAAGCCUUUAGUAAGUCCUCAUCCCUCAGUAAUCAUAAAAGAACUCAUACUGGAGAGAGAUCUUAUGAAUGUAAGGAAUGUGGGAAAGUCUUUAGUUGUCCCUCAUCCCUCACUACACAUACAAGAACUCAUAGUGGAGAGCGGCCUUAUGAAUGUAAGGAAUGUGGGAAAACCUUUAGUUGUGCCUCAUCUCUCACCACACACUUAAGAACUCACAGUGGAGAGAGGCCUUAUAAAUGUAAGGAAUGUGGAAACACUUUUCGUCUGUCCUCAUCCCUCAGUAAUCAUAAAAGAACUCACACUGAAAAGCAGCUUUAUCAAUGUAAGGAAUGUGGGAAAGCAUUUAACAAAUCUUCAAAGCUAGCUGUCCAUAAAAGAACUCACAGUGGAGAGCGGCCUUACAAAUGUAAGGAAUGUGGGAAAGCCUUUAGUUUUGCCUCAUCCCUGACUACACAUAUAAGAACUCACAGUGGAGAGAAGCCCUACAAAUGUAAGGAAUGUGGGAAAGCCUUUAGUCAGUCCUCAUCCCUCAAACUUCAUGAAAGAACUCACACGGGAGAGAGACCUUAUGAAUGUAAGGAAUGUGGAAAAGCCUUUAGUUGUUCCUCGUCCCUCAUUAAACAUACAAGAACUCACAGUGCAGAAAGGCCUUACCAAUGUAAGGAAUGUGGAAAGACCUUUAACCGGUCCUCACACCUCACUAACCAUAUAAGAACUCACAGUGGAGAGAGGCCUUUUGAAUGUAAGCAAUGUGGAAGAGCCUUUAGCCAGUCCUCACACCUGAUCAACCAUAUAAGGACUCACAGUGGAGAGAAGCCUUAUGAAUGUAAGGAAUGUGGGAAAACAUUUAGUAAGUUCUCAUCUCUUGGUAUACAUAAAAGAACUCACAGUGGAGAGCAGCCUUAUACUAAGGAAUGUGGGAAAUCUUUUCGUGAUCUCGGGAAUCUUACCACACAUGCAAGAACCCACAGUGGAGAAAGACCUUAUGAAUGUAAAGAAUGCGGGAAAGCCUUUAGUUGUGCCUCAUCCCUCACUAAACAUUUCAGAAUUCACAGUGGAGAGCGGCCUUAUGAAUGCAAAGAAUGUGGAAAAGCCUUUACUCAGUCCCCACACCUCAUCAACCACAUAAGGGCUCACAGUGGAGAAUGGCCUUAAGACUGUCAAGAAUGUGGGAAAUACUUUGGUGAAGCCAUGCAUCUGAAGGGGGUGGUGUGA